UCCGCGCCAGCUGUCAGCGAAACACACUGACUCGCGUACGGAGUCGCGUCCAGAAAGUGUGUCGGCCAACAACGUUGACGAGCGUAUAUCGGCGCGUAUGAAUAUCGAGUCACGCCGCUGAUCUGGGUCUGCCAAGUUGGGAUUCAGGUGGAGAUUAUACCUGGUCCUGUCCCUCGGAGAAAUCGAUGUUGAUUCACGCCCAGAUAGAGUCGAUAGACAGCACAUGCUAUGCGUGGUGCUCUCUUACAUGCUCCGACCGCUCUCGGGUUCUUAAGACGCGCCUUGCGAGCCAAUUUACACACCACGUCCGUCCGAGCCAUGCCACCACUCACCCCAUGGACCCCCAACCGCUACCCCCAGUCUCGUCGCUCGGACCACAUUGAUGUGUACAAGAGCGACUCCAAGGGCGAAGUCCGCGUCCCCGACCCCUAUCAGUGGCUUGAGCAACACUCCGAGGAGACUGAGCAGUGGGUGAACGCCCAAGAAGCGUUCACGCGAGCAUACUUGGAUCAGAACCCAGAGCGACAAAACCUUGAAGACGAGAUCAGGCAAAAUGAAAAGUUCGCCAAGUUCUCCUCUCCCAGCCUGAAAUAUGACAACCGUUGGUACUGGUCCUACAAUUCUGGCCUGCAGGGCCAGCACGUGAUCUUCCGCUCCAAGGAUGAGACCCUUCCAGACUUUAAUAAAGACAUAGGUCCAGGCGGAGAAGUAUUCUUCGACCCGAAUCUUCUAACCACAGAUGGGUCGGCGGCAAUAGCCGGUACUGCUUUCUCUCGCUCAGGAGAGCUUUGGGCAUAUGGUAUUUCACGUUCCGGAAGUGACUUCUUCACGAUAUACGUCCGACCGACGUCUGCGCCCUUCGCAUCGAAGGAGGGUUCGGACGUGCACCCUGUGCAUACCGAGGGCGCGCUGCCAGAUGAAAUUCGUUUCGUCAAGUUCUCAGCCAUCACGUGGACAGCGGACUCGAAAGGAUUCUUCUACCAGCGUUUCCCCACGAGAGAAUCCCAUGGAUCUGCAGAUGAGGACAAGGCCGGCACGGAAACGGACAUGGACAAGAACGCAAUGCUGUAUUACCACCGUAUCGGCACCGCUCAAGCGGAGGACAUUCUUGUGGUCAAGGAUGACGCGCAUCCGGAAUGGAUGUGGCAUGUAGAAGUCUCAGAGGUGGACGGACGUUACUUGAUCCUCUCCGUCAGCCGGGACACUGCGAGGAAAAACCUCAUGUGGAUAGCGGACCUCGAGAAGAACACCAUUGACCAAAACAUCAAUUGGGACAAGCUCGUCGACGACUUCGAUGCGGAGUUCAACUACAUCGCAAACGACGGCACGAAGUUCUAUCUUAUUACGAACAAGGAUGCACCUCAGUAUAAGCUCGUCUCCGUGGAUCUCGCUGACCCUCCAGAGAAGCGAGUCUUCCGCGACGUCAUCCCCGAGGACAAGGACGCACACCUCGAGGACGUCCGCGCGCGCAACGUCGUAGACGAGAUCUACGUGUACGACAUGUCGGGCAAGCGGCUUUCCCGAGUCGGCGCAGACCUCGUCGGGGCCGCGCGGCUGAUUGGCUUCACGAACCCCGGGAUCGUCGCGAAGUACGACUUCACUGAGAAGGACGAGGCGAAGCGCUGGAGCGAGUACAGGAAGACCAUCGUCACCGGCCUGAACUCUGACGACUUCGAGGCGAAGCAGGUUUGUUGGUAUAAGAGCAAAGACGGUACAAAGGCACAAGGACACAAGUUCGACGGGACAGCACCUGCUUUCCAAUACGGUGAGCAAGGCAGUAGUAAGUGUGGUUGUCCAGCCUCAUCCAUCUUGACCUUCAUGCAGAAGUACGGGGUUGUCCUGGCGGUGCCUAAUAUACGAGGUGGCAGUGAGUUCGGCGAGGACUGGCACCUGGCUGGCACAAGGGAACGCAAGCACAACUGUUUCGACGACUUCAUCGCAGCCUCGGAAUACCUGGUCGAGAACAAGUACGCCGCACGAGGCAAGAUUGCGAUCAACGGUGGAUCAAAUGGAGGUCUCCUCGUGGCCGCUUGCGUGAACCGCGCACCCGAAGGGCUCUUGGGUGCUGCCGUUGCCGAAGUGGGUGUACUUGACCUCCUGAAGUUUGCCGACUUCACCAUCGGCCGCGCCUGGACUUCCGACUACGGCGAUCCCCAUGACCCACACGACUUCGACUUCAUUUAUCCGCUAUCUCCUCUGCACAACGUUCCGAAGGACAAGGUGCUUCCGCCAACAGUGCUGCACACUGCCGACCACGACGACCGAGUGGUGCCAUUGCAUUCAUUCAAGCACGCGGCAACGUUGCAGCAUACGCUGCCGAACAACGCGCAUCCUCUGCUCAUACGCAUAGAUACGAAGGCGGGACACGGUGCCGGCAAGUCUACCGACAAGAGGUGAGAUCAAGGAAGCGCGGACCGCCUCGGCUUCAUAGCUCAGUCGAUGGGACUGGAGGCAAAGCGUGGUUAGCCGUGCACUUAGGUUGCCUGUGGAUGUCGUCAUGUUAAACAGUUCUGUCUCAGGAAGUACGUUGGAUCACCGACUAUGAGGUAUCGGAGGACACUGCGAGUUUAAAUGCGAGGAAUUUACGGCUCUUGAGAUAUUGAAACCCCAUUUGUGUACGCUUGAAAUGAACGGCUGUGCCUCAUAUUCUUGCGGGCCAUUCAAAGACAGUACAGAUACAUAAGGUCUACU